AUGAAUAUAUGUAAUGCAGUAGUUCGUAAUCCACGUGAAUCUGCAUUUCGGCAUGGUUUUUCUGGGGAUUUAAGAAGGUUGAGAAUUGGGAAAACGCUCUUGGGGAAACAGGCCAUACAUGUCCUUUAUGUUCAUGGUGAUCUCCUCUUUGCUGGUGGCUCUUCAGUCGAUGGCACAGCCGGAAAGGUGUUCUCGCUCUCAACAAAGGAAGUAAUUGCAACCUUACCAACAGGAUCCGACAUCCACUGCAUAACUGCCAACAAUGAUUUUGUAUUUAUAGGAACUAAAAGUGGAAUAACUGAUGUCUAUUUAAGAGAACGACUUGUUAGAGUUGCUUCCAUUAAAACAGGGGGUGGAAGAGAAAGCUCAAAAAUCACAAGUUUGGCAUCAGAUUCUGAAGGAGAAAUGCUUUAUACAGGUUCCUCCAGUGGCAAGAUUCAGAAAAAAGGUUAGAUUUUUGAAGAAUACAAGUGUGUUUACUAA